AGCUCCGCCUUCUUCUCGCGACCAUUAAUAGCGCUCUGGCUGCUGACUGAGAACGACUGCACCAUCACAGGAGCGAAAAAUGAUUAACUGGAAGGCUUUGGACAACGUCCCCUUGCUUUUCUACAUCUUGGCCCUGAAGACGCUGCUGCUGUGUCUGGGGUUUGCUGGGGUGAAGAUCUACCAGAGUAAGAAAGCAGAGGCGGCCCUGAAGAAGCAGCAGGCUGAGAAGAGGAGGCUGGCCCAGCAGACGCAAGAGCUCAUCGACAACCUGAAGGAAGACUGACGAGUGGAGGGAGAGAAUCAGAAGCUGCUGUACUCGGGGAAGAGAUGGGAAACAUCUUACCGACCAGAACUACAAGCCACUUUCUCCAGAUAUGACGAAGAUGUGUGAUUUUCAGCAACAGGGACACUUUCCUGAGUUUCAGGAAAUGAUUUGUGGUUAAAGUAGCAGGACUGUCGAUCACAUUUUUAUAUUUCAAGGUGCCGUUUUUUUAAUAAGAAAAUAUGACAGCCAAAAACAACAACAAAACCCCCCAAAAAACUCCAAAACAUGCAAACUUCUGUAUCAAUACUAAGAUGAGAGGACAGGGAUGAGGUAAAGCUUGCUCAUUGGUCCAGUAUUGGAUGUAUUCCACAUACAUAAUCUGCUGAGGUGGUCAUUCAGGCUCCAUGCAGAUGAACUCAACACUUCAUUUGCUUUGUACCCUGUGUAAGUCUGUCAGAUCUGUGUAUUUAUGUGAAUAUGACGCAGUGUUUUUUCCUGUAAAAUUCUCUGUAAACUAUAAACCAAAACUGUGUUUCUGUUUUUUAUAAUUAUAUUAAAUUCAACAUGCCACA